AUGUAAUCAAGUGUUCAAAAAUCUUCGAUUGUCAAAAGAAGCACUGUUUUGAAUCAGUCUUAAGCUUUUACAACAGCUACUCGUACGAGUUCUGCAUUUAAAGACAGCAGUGAUAAAAAAGAAUUAAGAAGGUACCCUACAGAGUGGGUGGAAUAAAUAGAUAACAAAUCAGAUAACAAAUUUCAUCACACAAUUUUGAAUAAAAGCAAGGAAGAUCAUAAUCCCAAUUUGGCAUCACCCAGCAAAAUAUUUGGAAUUCAAGAUGGGAAUAACCCAAGUAGAUUUCACACUUAGAAUGAUGAUAUGUUAUCUGCAUUUAGAAGAAAGAACUAAUCACUUGGAAAUUUGGGAAGUUGGUAAUUUUAAUCUCCAUCCACUUAAUCUACUGCAAAAGACAAUAGCAAAACCAUAAUCCAUUCAUUUUCAAAAAGACUAGAUCAAGCUGUACCAUUAUCUGAAUUAUUGGAAAUCUCAAGACAAUUGGAUUGUUCAUAACCAGAGGAAAUUAAAUAAUUAUCAAGAGGCUACGUCAAUGAGCUUUUCUCAUUGUCAUAAAAAAUAGAUAGGGCACUUAGAAAUAUUAGCAGAUGAGCAAAUAUAAUCUAUAUAAGUUUAUAUAUCAUUUC